AUGCCACCAAAAGGCAACAGAGUUUCGGGCCCAGUCGCACAGAGCAUCCCUCCGGCAGACGUGAGGGAUCAGAUCGACAGAAUGUGUCGCCUGUUGGAAGCGAGCCAGCAGAGGUGCGACGAAGCAAUCAAGACAUUGGUCGAAGCUCAAGCUAGGCUCGAAGCCGAGAUCGCUGAGCUGCGCAGAUCCGCUGACACAACACGCAACACCCAAGCCCACAACAAUCUUGAUUCUGGCAGAUCUGAAGUUCCAAUCUACCGUGUUAAUUCCCCACAUCCAAACAUGAACCCAGGUAACGAAAAUUCCCAAAGCAUCCCGCCGUCCUCCGGGGCCGAAGAACGACGAGCCCCAACCUCUGACACGCAUGGGCGGACGGAACCAGAACCCACCGGAUCUGCUCAGCCAGCAGCCAAAAUCUGGCCUCAACGCACCACACCUCAAGACGUGCACGAUUCUCCCUCUGAAGGUUGUGUUCCCUCAAUCCGGUUCUUGGACAGUUGGAAAGAAGACAUGAUGAGGGAAAUGAUGCAGAAAUUCUCAGAUGGGCUAUCAGCCUACGCCACCGAACAUUUGGAUCUAGUAUCAAGAACCACUGAGAAAUCGCCUUUCUCGGAAUGGAUUCAGAAUGAGCCAAAGCCUCGGGACUUCAUCAUCUAUUCCCUGCCUGCGUUCAAUGGAAAGGGAGAUUCGCUAAACCAUUUAUUCCAAUUUCAACAGAAGAUGGCAUUAGAAGCUAAUAAUGAAGCCAUUAAGUGCAAAGUCUUUUCAACGACUUUCUCCGGGCCAGCUCUGUUAUGGUUCCGACAAUUAAAGCCCGAGUCACUCAACAGUUUUAAUGAUCUCCGACGAACCUUCUUACAGCAAUACAGUGCGAACCGAGAGGCACCCAGAACAAUGGCCGAUCUCUAUCGGAUUGAACAGGGGGAGAAUGAACAUUCGAAAGCAUACUUACAGCGUUUCAUUGACCUCGUGCAUCAAAUCCACGACGCCGAUCCAAUCACCGCAACAAAUCUCUUCGUCAAAAGCUUGCAAGUGGGAUCUCUUUUACAUGAGAAUCUCACCAUGACACCACCAUACGACAUGGCAGACGUGCAGACCCGAGCCGAGGGCGUCUUCAGGGUCUUGGAAUUUCUAGAACGCGCACAGAAGAAGUCCGCACUCAUCUCUGCUCCACCAAAAAAUAAUCCUCCACCACCUGCUAGGGAUGACAAGAGGAAGCGGAACCAAACAGAUCACACGAAGGAAGGAAAAAGGCCAAGACAGGAUCGAUAG